AGCUCUGGAUAUGACUAAUUACCGAAAUGUUAUUUCGUUUGUUCAGAUCCAAGCCCGUGCGCAAGUGAUGGGCAGGAGCUGAUAAUCAAUGGUUGUUUUUCCUUCCACCUCGAAAAGAAAACCUUUUGGCAAGCCGAGGAGUACUGCGGGGAGCGGAACGCUCACUUGGCCAUUCCCGGAGAUGAGAGGACGUAUCGCGCAUUGACUGGAGUCUUCGAUCAGUAUUCGAUUCCUACUACUUUUAAAGUAAUGGGUGUUUCCCAGCAGCUUGGUGUCCUUCUCUGGAAGAACAUUCUAUACUACAGAAGCCACAAGGUUGUAAUCUUUUUGGAGGUUGUCUUCACACUCAUAAUCUCUCUUUUGAUCUUUGAUGCCAAAAGAAAUCAUGUUCAUUUUAAGUUCUCAAGGACGGGAUCACCUCCUCAAACACGCUUGCCAUCAGCCGGCACAUUGCGUGGGGCUUACGAAAGCCACUGCUGUAAUGAAAUGUGUGACUUUGAAAAAUCAUUAAUUUUUCAUUUCUACAAGGACACAAAGAAGUUUUUGGAGGCCAACCCUGAAGAGCUCAAAACGCUAGCGUUUGUUGUGAGCAACUUCCCCAGCUUCAUGCAGAUACAAAAACCACUGGAAGGUUUUUUUUUAAAGAAAGAUCCGGUUGACUACCUGUGUAAGACUUUUAACGAAGACAACAAAGUUAGUCAGAAUUACGAUCCAAAUUCUGUAAGCUGUGAUAAGGUGAAGGAUUCAUUGGAAGAAAUAGAUAAAGGCAAAAAGUGGUCGGUGGGAAAGCUGCUGUACACACCAGACUCACCUGUUGUUCGGCGUGUAAUAAAUAAGAUUUUUGAAGAUGUGCAGUUGUUCCAGAGCUUGAAACAGAAAUGGUCGGAAAUGGAGAGUAUAUUCGAGCAAAAUGAUGAAUACAGGAUACUCAAAGACACCAUCACUAUUCUUGACCAAAUCGCUCAGUGUUUACAGGAAAAAUUGGAAGGGUGUACAAAUGAAGAUCAGCUGAUUAGGAGGGCUUGGGAGCUCCAGAGCGAUGAGCAGUUUUACGCAGGAGUGGUAUUUGAGCUUCCCAAUUCUGCUGCUGAUUUGCUUCCCUCUGAUGUCACCUACAAGAUCCGAAUGGACAGCAAUAUCGUCCCCACCGCUACUGAAAUGCAAAGAAAACUGUUUUGGUCAUCUUCGCGAACUGGUACACCUAAGUCUUCGCACUACAUUACGAGUGGCUUUGUGCAUCUGCAGCACAUGGUGGAGAUGGCCUUGAUUAAAACACUGACAGGAAAAGCCCGAAACAUUGGCCUCUACAUUAAGAAAAUGCCAUACCCCUGCUAUGGUGAAACUAAUUUAUUUCCAAACAUGUCUGUUUUACUUCCACUUGUACUUGUACUGCUUUGGAUGUUUAACGUCGCAGUGACAAUUAAAGACUUGGUUUAUGAGAAAGAAGCCCGUCUGAAAGAAACCAUGAAAAUGACGGGACUUAAAACAGGAACACUGUGGCUUAGCUGGUUCAUCACCAGUCUUGUGUUUUACCUGCUGAGUACAGUAAUAAUUGUCAUGACACUUAAGUUGUGUAACAUCCUGCCAAGCAGCAAUUGGAUGGUCAUAUUUUUUUUCCUGAUUUCAUUUGCCUGUGCCACUAUCAUGCUGUGUUUUCUCAUGAGUACUUUGUUCUCCAAAGCCACCAGGGCUACCGCAUGUGGGGCGAUCUUAUACCUAUGCUUGUAUUUGGCAUAUUUACCAUUUAAGUCAUGGCAAAACAUCCCCAGUACUUCUAAAUUUUUGGCUAGCUUUGUGUGUCAUGUGGCCUUUGGUUUUGGUUUGGAUCAUAUCUUGAAUUGUGAGGAGGUAGGCGAUGGGGUCCAAUGGUCCAAUUUGCAGUCCAGUGAUGGAGAUUUAUACAACUUCCAUACAUGUAUAGCAAUGCUUUAUGUGGACGCCUUCAUCUAUGCUACAGCAGCCUGGUACAUUGAAGCUGUGUUCCCGGGUGAAUAUGGUGUGCCACAGCCGUGGAAUUUCCUCUUUAAUAUCAACUACUGGAGGGGAGUUCCACUGAAUAACAACAUGCCAAUCCCAAAUGUCCCUAAAGGGCAUCGUAAAGGUUGCAUUGAAGCAGACUCAAGUAACCUGGUCGUUACUGUCAAUAUAAGUAACCUGGUGAAAAUCUACGAAAAGGGAGGCAAGAUUGCUGUCAACCACCUUAACCUGAGGUUCUAUGAGGGGCAAAUCACCUCACUUCUCGGACAAAAUGGAGCGGGAAAAACAACUACCAUGUCUAUACUGAUUGGUCUGUUCCCUCCUACUUCGGGGACCGUGUAUAUCCAAGGGAUGGACAUCCGGAAAAACAUUGACAUCAUCCGAAGGACCCUGGGAUUUUGUCCACAACACAAUGUCCUGUUUGACUAUAUGACGGUGCAAGACCAUGUGUGGUUUUAUGGACGUCUCAGAGGUAUGUCUGAAGAAGAAGUAAAGGCUGGCCUUAAUUCUUGGCUCAAAGAUGUUGGACUGCUUCACAAACGUCAUGAACGGACAACAUUCCUCUCUGGUGGAAUGAAGAGGAAGCUGAGUGUGGCUCUUGCAUUUAUUGGCGGACCAAAGGUCGUUGUUUUGGAUGAACCUACAGCAGGGAUGGACCCGCAUUCCCGUCGAGGGAUCUGGGACAUGUUGCUGAAAUAUCGCAAAGACCGAACAAUCAUCCUGGCCACUCACUACAUGGAUGAGGCAGAGAUACUUGCUGAUCGUAUUGCCAUUAUCUCCCAAGGAAGGCUGUGCUGCUGUGGGUCGCCUCUCUUUCUUAAAUCUAAACUGGGGGUUGGCUCCACCCUGACUAUGGUCAAAGAGGACCGACCCGGGACAUGUAAUGGAGACACCAGUGCAGCCAUGGCUGCGCUGCUGUCCAUGCUUCAUCGCCACUUCCCCAGAGCCAAGCUGAUGGAGUUAAGUCAUGAGGUGGCAAUAAAUAUACCCCAGGAAGACUGUGAGCCUAGGCGAAUGGCUGUCUUCCUGUCUGAACUAAAUCAGAAUCUCAGCACAUUUGGAAGUAUCAGCUAUGGUUUGUCUGACAGUAAACUGGAGGAUAUAUUCCUUCGAGUGGCAAAGGACACUGAGGAUGAUGUGGAACCCGCACAGCAGACUGGUCCUCCACAACGUUUGCAAACAGGGCAGAGGACAGGACAGAGGCAAAUAAUAGAACAACAGGUUACCGACAUGCUAAGUGGAACUGGCCGUGGUGUCACCUUGACUGGAUGGAGGCUUACCUGGCAGCAAAUGAGAGCGCUCCUAAUGAAGCGAUAUCUGUGCGUCCGAAGGGAUCUUCGAGGCCUCUUUUUGCAGAUUGUGCUGCCUUCUAUGUUUGUGCUGAUUGGUCUGUGGGUCACAUCUGAAUCAUCAAAGGAUUUUAACCUGGAGCUCCACCCAUGCAUCAAAUCGAAUGACAACACUGAAGAUGUGAAGAAAUUCGAGGAUACUCUACUGGACCUGCCUGGUUUUAGCACAAAGUGUAGAGGGAACAGCAUCUUGAGUCAUGAUGAAGAAAUCAAAGACAAAACGACUCAGCUUGCCAACAAGACGGAUGAUCCUGAGUGUCAGUGCGAACACCUAAGCGAUCUAAAGUUGUUUCCAGACUGUCUAAUGGAGGCCGCCAGACAGUCACAAAUAGUGCCUGGCAUCAUCCUGGAAAAUCUGACAAAUUAUAUUGUAGAAGACUACCUGAUCAAGAGCUACCCACAUCUUAUUAAGAAAAGCUUGAAGACCGAUAUGCUCACAAGAGACCUUAGAUAUGGCGGUUUCUCCAUAAAGGCAGGAUUAUCAAAUGACCCUGUUCAAAAUAAUGUCAUUGUCUGGUAUAAUUCGAAAGGCCUACAUUCGCUGGUGUCAUUUGUCAAUGUCGUGAACAAUGCAUUUCUCAGACAAAAUGUCCCCGACAGUAGCAUUACUGCCUACAAUCACCCACUGUUACUUGGUGAAAGUGUUAUAGAACCCAUGGACGUAAGCAUCACGGCGUUGAAAGAAAUGAUCAUUCAGAUCUGCGUUGAACUUGCCUUGUCCGUUGUGCCAUCCACCUUGGUGCUAUUCCUGAUUAAGGAAAUGGUCAGUAAAGCCAAACACCUCCAGUUAGUCAGCGGAGUCAAUCCAAUAAUCUACUGGCUGGCAAACCUUUUCUGGGACCUGAUAAACUACGCCAUCCCAGCCAUGAUUUUGGUACUUACUUUUCUCAGUUUCCAAUAUGAAGAAUUCACCAGUGUCACCAACCUGCCGGCUUUCAUCCUGCUUCUUCUCUUAUACGGGUCUUCUACAAUCACCUUGAUGUAUCCAUUUUCCUUUAUGUUCACCGUUGCCAGUCAGGGAUGCAUUGUUUUGAAUGCUGUCAACCUUUUCAUCGGAAUUAUUAUUUCCAGAUUGUCCAAACAUGAUGUGGUGAAUCUGAUAUUCAUCUACUUCCCCAUUUACUGCUUGGCAAUUGGAAUGAAGGACUUGACAGCGAUACACAAUUCAAUCGGAAAACCCACUUUGUAUUCUUUUCCUUCUUCGGUUAAUCCUGCCAAAGAUCCUUUCGACCUGGAAUAUGUUAGAACAAAACUUAAUAUAAUGGCAGUAGAGAGUGUCAUCUUCUUUCUUUUCACCAUAUUGCUGGAGUACAAGUUUUUCAUCCGUAGGGGUAUGCAGCCUUGCACUAAGAUCCCUCUUGUCUCAGAGGAUAAGGAUGAGGAUGUAGCCAGGGAAAGAGAAAGAGUUAAAAGUGGUGGAGCUAAUUCAGACAUCCUUACUAUGAUCGAUCUGACCAAAAUUUACCGAGGUAACAGAAAACCAGCAGUCAAUCAACUUUGCCUAGGAAUUCCUCAUGGCGAGUGUUUUGGCCUGCUUGGUGUCAAUGGCGCAGGAAAAACCACGACAUUUCGCAUGCUGACGGGAGAUACGACUGUCAGCUUUGGAGAUGCUUUACUCAACAACUGCAGUGUCGUGCGUGAAAUGGACAAGGUUCACCAGAUGAUGGGAUACUGCCCACAGUUUGACGCCAUCUGGAGCUUUCUGACUGGUACCGAACACCUGGAAAUGUAUGCUCGUGUACGAGGGGUGCCUGAGGAGUCUGUCACCAAGGUGGCUGAAUUGGCUUUGAAGAAGCUUGGACUCAGCAAGUUUGCCAAGCAAAAAGCUGAAGGUUACAGCGGAGGCAACAUGCGGAAGCUCAACAGCGCUAUAGCCCUCAUUGGUGCUCCACCUGUUAUGUUUCUGGAUGAGCCCACCACGGGCAUGGACCCACUGUCUAAAAGGUUCAUGUGGGACAACAUCCGGUGCCUCAUCAAAGAUGGAAGAUCAGUUGUUCUGACUUCCCACAGUAUGGAGGAAUGUGAGGCUCUCUGCGACAGAAUAGCUAUCAUGGUCAGUGGCUCUUUCAUGUGUCUUGGCUCUGUGCAGCACUUGAAGAACAGAUUUGGUGGUGGCUACACUAUCACCAUUCGUCUGGCAGACAGGGAAUCCGAUCAAGACACUUCUCCCGUCAUAAUCCUUAUGAAGAACAUCUUUCCCAUGGUUGAGCUGAAGAAGCAGUCCCACAACGUGCAGCAGUACGAGCUUCCGGCACAUGCCUUUUCCCUGGCUCAAGUGUUUGACAUGCUGGCCAACAAUUAUGAGGAAUUGGGCAUCAGUGACUUCAGUGUUUCACAAACCACACUGGAUCAGGUCUUUAUCAACUUUGCCACGGAGUACACUGAAGAUCAGACAAAAAAGCCCAAACAUAAAUUCUGGACCCAAUAUUGUUUUAAGUCAGCACGCAUUAAACCAGACGCACCAAUUCCGCUGCAGCCAAGUAACUCCUUUCACCUAUAAUCAUGCCACUGAGGAAGAGGUAUGUCUCUGAGGUCAAAGCUGAGAACCCACAAUCAUUCCCAGCUUUCUUGUUUUCACCAGCAGAAAGAUUACUGAACUUUGGCGAAGUAUUAAGGACAAACAUGUAGGCUGUUCACAUGGAAAUGUAAUUAAUUUGGCAUAUUCAUGAAGUGUUGUUCAAUUUAUUGAUUUUUUUGUAUGACAAAAACGUGAUGCUUCCGAAAUUGUUUUGUUCACACAAUCGUCACUUAUGUUUAAAA